AUGUCACGGCCUCAGUUUCAAGCGGAGCAUUGCAAGUUCAACGUUGACGCCACUCAUCUCGAAGAUGGGCUCCACAAAGGUGAUCCGGACCCAUUGAUAUGGACACCUGAUGAGGAACGCAUCGCAAUCCGCAAGCUGGAUUGGUGCUUGAUUUUAUUGCUCGGGUGUCUUUAUCUUGUAUCAUACAUUGACCGCGGAAAUAUCGGUAACGCAUACACUGCUGGCAUGGGCGAAGAGUGGGGGAUCACAUCCAGUCAAUAUUCCUGGAUUGUAACGAAUUACUACAUCGCCUACAUUCUCUUCCAUUGGUUGAUCUUGCUCUGGAAAUUCGUACCUCUCCGUCUAUGGACAGCUAUGAUGGCCUUUGGAUGGGGAAGCAUGAGCAUGAUUCAAGCCGGAGCCAGCAGCUUUCCGGGGUUGAUGGUUCUUCGUUUCCUGAUCGGCGCCUUUGAGGCUGGCUUCGUGCCGGCUGUAGCUUUGUAUAUGACCUUUUUCUACCACCGAUCAGAGAUGGGUCUUCGCUAUGGCCUCUUCAUCUCCUUCUCUCCUCUAGCAAAUUGCUUUGCUUCGGCUUUGGCAUACGGCAUCGUUCACGCCAAGAGUACCAUUGCCAAUUGGCAGCUACUCUUUAUCGUCGAAGGAAUUCCCACUCUCUUCCUUGCGAUUCUGGCUUACUUCUAUCUUCCUUCUUCACCGAGUAAAUGCAGAUUUCUAGACGUUCGUCAGAAUCAGAUCAUUGGCGCCCGGGCCAUCAGAGGCCGUGGCGAGGACCAGACCGGGAAACUCAACCCCAAGCAGGUGCUCGCAGCUUUCUACGACUAUAAGAACUACCUACAGGCCAUUAUCAUCUUCUGCCUCAACACAGCUUUCGGCUCACUUCCUGCCUACCUGCCAACCAUUCUGACAUCCAUGGGCUACUCUUCGCUCCGUGCCCAGGGACUCUCAGCCUGCCCCUACCUAUCAGCCUAUUUUGUCUGUGUCUUGACGAGCUUCUAUUCCGAUCGUGUCCGAAGUCGUGGGAUCUUCGUUAUCAUUUUCUCAACUAUUGGAGCGGUCGGCUACAUCCUUCUCGCCACGAUCACUGCGACCGGCAUUCGGUAUUUCGCGACAUUCCUGGUCUGUGCAGGCGUCUUCCCAGCUGUGGCCCUGACUUUCACCUGGGUCACUGACAACCAAGGAUCUUCGUCCAAGAGAGGUGCUGGCUUGACUAUCUUUGGAAUGUUUGGCCAGUGUGGCCCGAUCCUCGGAGCUAGAAUCUUCCCAAAGUCAGAGGGUCCGUACUACGAGAAGGGCAUGUGGAUUUGCUGCGGCGUUCUACUGUGCGCUACUUUCGUUUCGAUUAUUCUGAGCCUGAGCCUGCGGCUGCAGAACCAUCAGCGAGACCGCGAGCAUGGCAAGAGCGACCUUGAUCACAUCCCAGAGGAUGUGGCGGAUGUCGGAGAUGCCCAUCCCAUUUACCGCUAUAUUCUGUGA